AUGGCCAAACAAGGCCCGAGAUUCAUGCCACCACGCAGAUCUGUUUUUGUGGAAAAAGACAAGAUCAACCCUACGAUAGCUUGGGAGUCUUACAGUGCGAGUCCUGACAGUCAAAGCCGCUCCGAAAACCCAAUCAUUGUUCUUCAUGGAUUCCUCGGUUGUAGAGAGGAAAUGCGGCCUAUAAGCGAGAUUCUAGCCCGGGAACUGAAGAGAGAUGUGUAUUUGCUGGAUCUUCGCAACCAUGGCGCAUCCGGCACCAAAUGGAGACACGAUUACCUCCAACUGGCGUUAGAUGUCCAAGGCUUCACCCGAGAUCAUGAACUUGAGAAUGUAACUCUAGUCGGCACGCAGAUGGGCGCCAAGACAGCCAUGACGCUAGCACUUUACAAUCAAGACAUUGUCAGCAAUAUUGUCGCCAUCGACAGCAGCCCCGCCUGGAAAGAACUCCCAACCUGCUACACGCGAUGGCUUGACGCCUACAAGCAAGUGCUCAAAAUGCGCCUCGAGAAAAUCUCCUGGGCGGCCAGAGUCAUGUUUUAUUGGGACUCGGAGAAAGAAUUGAGGACCUUCCUCAAGCGCAACCUGGAACUGAAGCCGGAUCACCCGUUUGUGCGGCCCCGCAUCCCGCAGAAUAUCCUGUGGCAGGCCCGUGAUGCCAUGGCGGAGUUUCCGUUCAAGCCGCACGAGUUGAACAAGUUCCACGGUCCGGCUUUGUUCCUGCGCUCGCGCAAUAGCUACUAUAUUCCCGGGAGUGAGGGGGAGGACGCCAUCAGCCAGUUCUUCCCUACUUCGCAUAUCAAAGAUUUGGACUACGAGGGCAUCCAUAUGGCUACGACGGCGCCUGAGCAGGUCGCGCAGGCGGCGGUCGAAUUCCUGCGUAAUCCUUUGGAAUACCUCGUCGAAAAUCAACAGGUGCAGCCAGUGGGAGGCAAGGACUUGGCGUGGCAAGUGUGA